UGAGCCGAGUAGAGCGCGAAACUCCGAGCGCGCAAUUUAUGUAAAUUACAUACGCUAUAUAGCUGCAUUAUCAAAUGUGAGGCGCACAGAUAAGGCGCCGCGCGAGAUGAUCUUUGCUCCGCUCGUUUGCACAUUAUGCGAGCCCAGGCCGACGUCUCAGUAAACCAUCGAAUCUUUAGCGCAACGGGCUACUUACAGUUUUCGCAUCGAAUCAAUUUAUAAUAGUAAAUAUUACUCGUGCAUCGCGUGACGCCGCUUCUCGAUGUCACGUAUUGUCAUUCCUGGCACGCGAUAAAGAUUUUUUCAAAAUUCACUCGCUGGUGUAGUUACGUCGAGCUCUCGAUUUUUUCUAAAAAAAAAAAAAAAACAGUUCGGCAGUUAAACUGUCAUACGAGCGACGAUAAGUAUACAAUUGUCUCACAUGGCUGAGAAAGGCAAUUGAAAAAAAGUACACAAACGCCGAAAGGAGAAAAUAGAUCGAUAAAAAGUUGUCGAAUCCACACAUGACAGUGGCUGUCAAUUUUCAUGGAUUCCGUGAUUAAGGACUGCAAUAACGCAGUUCUCGUGCCUCGACGUUGUUGCAAGCAUCAUCAAGCUUCACACAAGACCUACGACUACGUCAACAUUGUCCUGUCAAGAUGGCUCUGGACUUUUUUGCUGGCUGUCUCGGAGGUUGCGCAGGUAUUGUGGUUGGAUAUCCUCUUGAUACCGUCAAGGUUCACAUUCAGACGCAAGACCACAGGAUCCCCAAGUACCGCGGGACAUGGCAUUGUUUUCGCACUCUUGUAGCCAGAGAAUCGGUAUCCGGACUUUAUCGAGGCAUGUCAUCACCGAUGGCCGGUGUAGCCGUGGUCAACGCCAUAAUUUUCGGCGUCUACGGCCAGACACACAAGUACCUGAACGAGGGCCCGAUGGGCUCGAUGCUCGGCGAUGGAUUGUCGAGCCACUUUUUGGCCGGCGCCGCCGCGGGCAUGGCCCAGGCUCCGGUCUGCAGUCCGAUCGAGCUCGCCAAGACGCGGCUUCAGCUUCAAGGCGGCUCGGUCAAUAGUCUGAGACACGCCGGGCCAGCUCAGUGCCUGAGACACAUCUACCGCAGCGAGGGCUUUCGCGGCGUGUUCGGCGGCCUCGGGAUCACCCUGGCCCGCGAGAUACCGAGCUUCGGCGUGUACUUCGCCACGUACGAGGCGCUGACCAAGUCCGACCGGCGGAUAUCGACGCCGCACAUGCUGCUGGCGGGCGGCACGGCCGGCACCGUGUCCUGGAUCGUCUCCUAUCCCCUGGACGUGGUGAAGUCGCGGCUGCAGGCCGACACCGAGGGCAGAUACUCCGGGGCUCUGGACUGCUUCCGCAAGUCCGUCCAGGCCGAGGGCUGGAUCUGCAUGGUGCGCGGCCUCAACUCGACCAUCAUCCGGGCCUUCCCGACCAACGCGGCGACCUUCGCCGUCGUCACCUGGACCAUGAGGCUGUUGGACGAUUCCGCGCAGUCGCAACAGCAGCAAUCCGUCGCCAAGAUCUCCGUGCAGCUGCCCGAGCUCUUCAAGCCCAAGUCCUGGAACGGCACUCUGGACCGCUACGGCGAGAGCAGCAGCGCCAGCGGCAGCAAGCACCAGUCGCUCAAGUCGUUCGGCGACACCAUGGAGACCUAUCUGCACCGACUGGGCGAGACGAGCCUGGCGCUGGUGCCUCAUCAGUCGAGCACGAGUGGAGGACACUACUCCUCCGUCGAUUCGCAUUUCGACGAGAUCAGCCACUUCGAGGGCACGAGAGAAAUUAUACACUAUUGAGCUUGGAUUAUUUUCUAAUUGUACUUUUAAAAACACGCUUAUUUUGUAAAUGUACAUAUUAUAUAUUUAUACAUAUAUUAUCGAGUAAGCCAGUACGAAGUAACGCAAUGAUAAAUUACUUUGUCAUAAAAUGAUUAUUUUUAAAUACAAAAGCAUGAAACGAUCGAGCUUUCGAGCUCAA